AUGAUACCGAAAGGGGAGCAGCUUGCUAAACAGCUGAGGAAGUUUGCUUCGGGAACAUCUGGCGAUCCUACGCUCCAUGACAUGCUGGGCACGUUCUCAGAAACGGAGCGGCUAAAGCCAGAAGAAUCAUGGUAUUGCAACAAAUGUCGUGAUCACGUAGAAGCUACGAAAAAUUUGGAGCUGUUCCGUUUGCCGCCCGUACUUAUAGUGCAGUUGAAAAGAUUUGUUUAUACAGAUUGGCACCUCUUCGAUGAUUCGAUCGUAUCAAAGCAAUCCCUCAGCAGUGUACAAUCUGAUGAUGCCUACUUACUCUUCUACAAACAGCGCGGCGUGCCUACGAAGUCGAUAUUCAGAAAGCACUAUUCUUGUGAUCCUACCGAAAAAGCGGAAACGGACUCCAACUCAUAG